CUGAAGAUAAAUACCAAUUAUACACACUCCACUAGUGUAGUAGUCAGUAGAGGACUCGUAUUUUAUCAAUUAUCAUCAUCUCCUCGAGAAAAGAAAAUGGGAGCUGAAGUUAUAGUGAUCUCUAAUAGCAUUGUUCGACCAGAGAGCUACAGCGAGGAAUCGGAUCGGGUUAAGAUCCAUCUCUCUCCAUGGGAUCUCUUCUUUCUACGAUCCGAAUACCCACAAAGAGGUCUUCUCUUUCCUCAACCCGACUCGGAAACCCGUAUAAUCUCUCAGUUGAAAUCCUCUCUCUCCGUCGCGUUGAAGAUCUUCUACCCAUUCGCUGGCCGUCUAGUCAAGAUCGAGAACGAGGACGAUGGAACGGCGUCGUUUUACGUCGAUUGUGAUGGCUCAGGUGUCAAAUUCGUCCACGCUUCAGCUAAAACUGUUUCGGUGAGUGAUGUUUUAGAACCUGUCGAUGGUAAUGUGCCUGAGUUCUUGAAUCGUUUUUAUCCGGCGAAUAGUGUUACAAGCUUUGAAGGGAUAUCGGAUUCGUUAAUAGCGUUUCAAGUAACUGAAUUGAAAGAUGGAGUUUUUAUAGGGUUUGGUUAUAAUCAUAUGGUUGCAGAUGGAUCUUCGUUUUGGAGUUUCUUCAAUACUUGGUCGGAGAUUUGCUUUAACGGGUUUGAUUCCGAUCAUCGGAGAAAGUUUCCUCCUUUGCUUCUCCGUGGGUGGUUUCUCGACGGGAUUGAGUAUCCGAUUCGAAUUCCGAUCUCGGAGACGGAGACACCGAACCGGGUUGUUGUUACUUCAUCGUUAAUACAAGAGAAGAUUUUUCGAGUCACGAGUAGAAACAUCUCUGAGCUUAAAGCGAAAGCUAACGGCGAGGUUAGUUCCAAUGAUCGGAAAAUCUCGUCGCUUCAAGCGGUUUCAGCGUUUAUGUGGCGAUCGAUAAUCAGAAAUAGUGGUCUGAAUCCGGAAGAAGUGAUUCAUUGCAAGUUACUGGUGGAUAUGAGACGAAGACUAAACCCUCCGCUUGAGAAAGAGUGUUUCGGGAACAUGGUUGGAUUCGCGACGGUGACGACCACGGUCGCGGAGAUGCUUAACAAUGGGCUUGGUUGGGCUGCAUUGCAAAUAAACAAAACUGUUGGGUCACAAACGAAUGAAGAGUUUAGAGAGUUUGCUGAGAAUUGGGUGAAGAAACCGAGUAUACUGAAUGCUAAGGCUUUUAGUAAUUGUAUAACAAUUGCUAGCUCUCCGCGGUUCAAUGUGUAUGGAAACGAUUUUGGUUGGGGUAAACCGAUUGCGGUUCGAGCUGGACCGGGAAAUACUACCAAUGGUAAACUCAUUGCGUAUCCGGGGAUUGAAGAAGGAAACAUCGAGUUUCAAACGUGUUUAUCGUCUAGUGUUUUGGAGAAAUUAUCGACUGAUGCAGAGUUUUUGAAGUAUGUAUGUGUUGUAUAAGUAAAAUCAUCCAAAUCAAACGUACUUUUUUCUGUCUUGAAUAAAGAAAGAAAAAAGUUGAAGAUGUGAAACGAAUCUUUGUCAGCAAAUUUGACAAAUC